CAAUCAAUGGAUAGUGCAGUACCAACAUUUUAAAUCGUUACCAUUUAACAAUAAAACGUUUUUCUGAAAAUUGUUUAGCAAAAUGGUACUUUCAGAUCACAAAAAGUGUCCCAAAUCAUAUGGAAUUAAUGAUAUAAAUGGGCAACAAGAUGAAGGUACAGAGGAAGAUCAUCCAUCAUGGAAGUUUUGGAAGAAGAGAAGAUACGUAGUCGCAACAUUAGCUUUUUUCGGAUUUUUUAACGUCUACUCUCUUAGAGUUAAUUUAAGUAUAGCAAUUGUGGCGAUGACACAAGAUAGAUACGAAACAUUAGAAAAUGGUACGAAAAUUUCUUUGGGUCCUGAAUUCGACUGGAGCAACGAGAUGCAGGGAUACAUCCUCAGCUCCUUUUUCUACGGUUAUAUUACUACACAACUGUUGGGCGGUUAUUUCGCUACAAAAUUUGGAGGCAAAAUGAUAUUCGGUUCGGGAAUAGCUGUCACAUCAGCACUAACUGUGAUAACUCCAUGGCUUGCGUCUGCCAGUGUGUACCUUUUGUUAGCUGUAAGAAUAAUCGAAGGAAUUUUUGAGGGUGUAACUUAUCCAUGUAUACAUGCCGUAUGGUCUAAAUGGGCCCCACCUUUAGAAAGAAGUCGAUUGGCUACAAUAGCAUUUUCCGGAAGUUAUGUGGGAACGGUUGUUUCCAUGCCAGCUUGUGCUUAUUUAGCCAACCAGUUUGGGUGGCAAAGUAUUUUUUACGUAUUUGGUAUGUUGGGUUUGAUAUGGUGUGGUCUUUGGGUGGCCAUAGUUGCAAAUUCCCCAGAAGAAGACAAGAAAAUCAGUUUGGCGGAACUGCAAUAUAUCGAGACGUCCUUAAAAGAGACUAAUAGAGGCAACAAAGAAUUGUCAAUUCCUUGGAAGGCUAUUUUAAGUUCGGGAGCUGUUUGGGCCAUCGUCAUUUCACAUUUUAGUGAAAACUGGGGAUUUUACACUUUAUUAACUCAAUUGCCCAAAUAUUUAAAAGAUAUUCAUGAUUACGAUCUGAAAAAAUCAGGUUUCCUAUCUGGCUUGCCUUAUCUUGUUAUGGCUAUAAUGAUGCAGUUUUCCGGCCACUGGGCAGAUUGGUUCAGAGUCAAAGGUAUCCUCACUACCACCCAAGUGAGGAAAAUCUUUAACUGUAGCGGUUUUAUAGCUCAAACUGUGUUUAUGAUGGGCGCUGCUUUCUGGUCGGACAAGAUUGGAACAGUAUUUUGUCUUACGUUGGCUGUAGGAUUGGGUGCUUUUGCAUGGGCCGGAUUUAGUGUAAACCAUCUAGACAUUGCUCCACAGUACGCAAGUGUUCUCAUGGGUAUCGGCAACACCAUUGCCACUCUUCCAGGCAUUGUCAGUCCCAUACUAUCCGGCUACGUUGUUUCUAAACCACCACAAGUGCACGAGUGGCAAAUAGUGUUUUAUAUAUCAGCAGCCGUCUAUUUAUUUGGUGCAAUAAUAUACGGUUCUUUAGCAUCUGGUGAGUUACAACCAUGGGCUAUUGAAAAAAAUGAAGACUCUGGUGUUGAAAAACAAGACAAAAAUAAAGGAGUUGAAAACAAAACUUUUACGAAUGAUGAUGAAUUGUAGGAAAUAAUAAAUUGGUACAAAAAAUGUAGUUGUUAUUAAUAUCAAAAAACACAUUACAGGUAUCCUAUAAUAUUUUCAUCGUUAUACCGCCUAAUUACAUAUUGUUUUCGUGCCUAAAUUAGAUUU